UUUAUUUGGGUUGGUGGUGGAAUUACUGAAAAGCCCUCGAUAUAACACUAUAUUUCCGUCCUCGAGCCCUAAAAUAGCCCUCACUGUACAUUCAGCCUCAAUCGACAUUCUCAAAGAGCACGGACUGGGAACGAGUCCAGAGAAAUGGAGCAUGGGUCGUAUCAAAAUCCAAGUGCAUCAACAUUCUCAGUAACAGAUGAGGAUCACACUCUUGCUAACUCCCUUAGAUUGGUCCUUAACAAAGAUCCACGGGUAUCGUUUUGUGGAUACAGCAUUCCUCAUCCUUCUGAAGCCCGGGUUAAUGUUAGGGUGCAAACAACAGGUGAUCCAGCUGGCGAGGUGUUAAAGGAUGGUUGCCAAAAUUUGAUAAAUAUGUGUCAACAUGUGAGAAAGACCUUUGAUGAUGCAGUUGACAAGUUUAAGAGCACCAAAGCUAGUGAAACUGAAUCCAUGGAUGAUGAUAGUCCAUGAGCUACUUAUUGCCGCUCGUCAACGAAUACAAGUGUUAGUAGGAGUAAUGCUAGUACGACCAUUCAUGUUUUAAAAUGCUUAUGUUUCCCUCCUUGUUCUUGCUCUCGACUCAACAUUCUUGUAUGCUUUUGCAAAAUUGCCAACCAAAAUACUUCAUUCUUGGAAGAUACACUUUACUUUUUCUUAGAUCACAACCAAGACUACGCUUGUUUC